AACAAUUUUCAAAUGGUUCUUUAUUUCGAAAUUACUGUUUUUAUUACAAACACUUAAAAAAUGGCUGAAAGAAUGCAGCAUCCCUCUGAUCCAACGACCGAUAGUGCUACUCAAACUCUCACUGUAACUGAAAAUGAAACUGUAGGAGGGACGGAGUCGACGUUAAGACUAAGAGCUAAGGUCAGCGAUGACAAGAAGGUGAAAUGGGAGGAAGGUACGGUAGAUAAUGAGCACAUGGGGAAAAAAAAGUCAAAGUGUUGCUGCAUCUAUGAAAAACCCAAACUUUUUGGAGAGUCAUCAAGUGAUGACAGCGAUGGAGGAGAUUGUACAGGAAGCUGCAGAGGGCAUAAGAAAAAGUGUUUUCGGAGGCAUGAAGAUGAAGGUAAAGAACCUUCCGCCCCAAAACAAGACUCAAAUUAA